UAUCGAAGAAGAUUCGAGAAAAUAAAAGUGCAGGGCGAAACAAAAGACAACUGAUUGACCGAUAGGCUAGUGGAGAAAAAAGAUAAUUGAAUCGGGUAUCAGACUUGACACGUACGGCCCUGGUACUCGGUAUUGUUCGGGUCUUAGGAAGGCGAGCGUUCGGUUGGCAGCAGUGGCGUCGUGCCAGUCGGUGCAUCGUGCGGCGCGAGCAGUCGAGCCUGGCGAGGUCGUCUCUCGCGUCGCCUUUCUCGCGUAUCUCUUUCGUUUGGUGGUCACACAACGUUCUCAUCAACGUUUAAGAACACAUAACAUUUCUAAGUGGUGAAUCUGACUGGCGAGACGACGUUUAGAAGAGGAAAGAAAUUUCUAAGUUUUUCGAAAGGGGAAGAAGAAGAAGAAGAAGAAGAAUAAGAGAGACAUAACAAGAAGUAGAGAAAGAAGCAAUUAUAUAUAUAUAUAUAUAUAAUAUGUAUACAUAUAUAUAUAGGUAUGUAUAUACAUCAUAUAUGUGUGCAUGUAUACAUACAUACAUUUAAGUAAAAAGAAAGAGACAGAUAGAGAGAAAGAGAAAGAACUCGGGAAAAGUCGUGAGUGGUUCGUGCGUUCGAAAUGUACGUGGUGUGAGGCUAUGAAGAAGAAACGAGGAUCAGUGUUGGAAGAAGUCACCGUUGUCGUUGUUGGGCGUAGCCGGGCGUCGCGCGAAAUCGCUUGAAAGCGGCCUCUCCUACGCUCUCAGUGCGUGACAGUACUGCUGGAGCUCUGCCAUUGGGAAAAAGGAUAUACAUAUAUACAUACAUAUAUAUAUAUAUAUCUUUCACUGGCAGCAUCGUUACUACAAGCAAUACUACUACUACUUAUUACUAUCAACUUUACCUUACUCGGAUUCUUCUUUACCGUCCUUUCUAUCUAAAGAGAGAGAAAGAAAGAAAGGGAGAAAGAGAAAGAGAAAGAAAGAAAGAGACAUUCAAAGUUCGAGUUGAAAAAAGAAAUAAAGUAAAAAGAGAAAUAGUGAUCGAAGAUAGUAUGCCGUCAAUCCGAUUGUAGCACAAAUUUGGGAUUUUCGAAUGUGAGGUCAGCUGUCAACAUGAACAGCAGAUGACUGUUGGCUGAGCUUGUGCUCGUUGUUUAAGUUUAAUAUGAGCGAAGUCGUAGCCGUAAAAGUGCCUACUGGUGGAUCAUCGACACGCCAGGAAAGCGUGGCACAUAUCAAAAGGCACAAAUUAUUUAAUUGUAAUGUUCCUCUCGUUCACGGCCGGCCAAAUCCAUCGAUCAGCACUCGCAAUAGGCUGACAACUCAUCAACGAAAUCAUAGCUUGGACUUCAGGUCAAUGGGUAUCUUACUUCCACCGGUGCCUCAAGUGGCCGCGACAACAUUAACGCUACACCAUAGAAACAGAAGUCUGGAUUCUGCUUUACAACGAAUCCCUGAGGUGGACGUUACUCCGAGUCCAGAAUGCGAGACGAAUCCUACGCCUGUUAUUAAGACGACGGUGCCAACCUGCAAAGGACGUAGUCGAGAACGCGAAGACCUCGCUAGUCUUGGAUCCGAUGACUCUGGUAUACUUUGUGGUUCCGACAGCGGUUCCAGCGACGCCACCAACACAGCUACCAGAGAGUCAAGUAUAGAUCAUUUACAUAGUAGAGAAAGUCUCGAUUCUACCUUGUCACAAGCAGGAGAUAUGGAUGGCGUGGAUGUUAUCGAUGGAGAAGAUAACAGUGGGGUGUCUGUAUCAGUGUCUCCUGUGGAAUUAGUGCUACUUAGUGAGUCCUUGUCUGAUAAAAAUGGUGAUCGUGAACUCUGUAAACUAAAGAAUCUCGAUAAAACUAAUCAUGAAACUGAAGAACAUUCUGGUAUAGUCCUUUGUCCCAAAGAACUUCAAAAUCAUGAAUACCCACGUGAGGAACCUUGUAAUAGCAUAUCUGAGAAAGCUAUGGAGUAUCAGAACUCUUCCUCCGAAGUGGCUAUGGUACAAGGAGAAUUGGCAGGUGCUGCUAUGACUUUAUGUUGUGGCACCUCUGCACAACCUGACAAAGAAACUGUAAAAAAACAACCAGAGGUUCAAAGACAAGAGACGGUUCAGCCAAAGCCAUCAGAGGGAUGUUUACUCAGGUUAUUCGAGAGUCAAAUAUUUGAUAUGUCUAUGGCGAUAUCCUAUCUUUUCAAUUCCAAAGAGCCAGGUGUUCAGAGUUAUCUAGGUAACAAGAUGUUCAGUUUUCCUGAUAACGAAGUGGAUUUCUAUUUACCACAAUUGGUGUUAAUGUAUAUACAGCUUCAUGAUGUUACUGAAGUCCUUUAUCCAUAUCUUGUCCAUAGAUGUAGACAAUCGGCCGAUUUCUCGUUAAAAUGUGCUUGGCUAUUAGACGCGUACAGCUCUGAUGCUCAUUUGCCAUCCAAAAAGAAGUCUCACGGGACCAAAUUAAAAAAUCUCAUUUUGUCAGAUGAACUUAGGCCGAAAGGAAAUCUGACACGAAAGCAACGUUCUUCCGCGUUGCAAGUUCCUGCUUCGCCGCCAUUACCUUUAACACAGAACGUUACAUCACCUAAUAAGAAAACUCACCAAAGAUCUCAAUCGGAUGCUACUGGAUUGUUUCAAACCUUACGUCGUAGUCAUUCCGGUACAAUAAAUAAAGUAAGCCUUGGGGACCUGAGCUCUGGUCGAGCAUUUGACAAUGGUUGUACCUGUUUUUAUUCCUGCCAAGGUGUGGUAAAUGAUUUAAGAGGUGAAAAAACCGAUUGCUUCUGCAAUGCACCCCGUCUUGCUCCAGAACUUGAAUUUAUUCAAGCAUUGAUAUCUAUUGGUAAAUUACUUGGAACAAUUCCAACAAAGGAAAGUAAGACUGUACAGUUGGUAGCAGAACUUAACACUCUUAAUUUAAAUCUUCCUGCAAGGGUAUGGUUGCCUUUGCAUAGUAUAGUACCGCAUCAUAUUGUACGAGUCCCUCCGCAGUAUGCUGCUGUGCUUAAUAGUAAAGAUAAGGCACCGUAUAUUAUUUAUGUCGAAGUAUUGGAAGUAGAAGAUUUAUAUACAUCUCCUGUACCGACCAAAAUUAUGGGAAGUUCAUUAAGGCAUACAAAGUCUGAAGAAAAUCUAACUGGUGGUGAACAGUCUAAUGUAACGUCAUCAUCUAAUAUGGUUUCUGCUGAAAUGCAACAAAGUGUAGCAACGGCACUGAGACAGACUCCUGUUAAAAAUAUCUCUCCGUAUUCUGUUAGAAGUACAGAUAUAGCAUUUAAUUUUCCCGAUGACGAUCCAAACGAUUGUUGGAGUCAAGAAGACGAUGAAAUAACUCAACAGUAUUUACAACUUCGUAAGCCAAGAGAUAGAGAUACGAUAUCUCAAUUAAGUCAAGAAUCAUCUGACAGUCGAGAACCAGUUUUUGUACCUGGUGAUAUAAAACGACGUCUAAGUGAAAUGACUGCUACACCUAGUGCAACAUUUAAUCAUGAUCCAGAGGAUCCAUCAGCCGCCGUCCUUAAAGAGCCAUGGGAAUUAAAGCAGAAACGUAUUAGAGCAUCCAGUCCAUAUGGUCAUUUAGCUUCUUGGAAACUUCUUGCCGUUAUUGUUAAAUGUGGAGAUGAUUUAAGACAAGAACUUCUUGCUUCCCAAUUACUUUCAAUGUUACAGAAAAUUUGGCUAGACGAGAAAAUUCCACUUUGGGUUCAACCAUACAAGAUUUUAUGUUUAUCUAAUGAUAGUGGAUUGAUAGAACCAAUAUUGAACACUGUAUCUUUACACCAAAUAAAAAAACACUGUCAGUUGACUCUUUUACAAUACUUCGAACGAGAAUUUGGUCCUUCAAAUUCCGAAGCGUUCAUCAUUGCUCAAAAGAACUUCGUGCAAAGUUGUGCUGCUUAUUGUCUCAUAAGUUACCUCAUUCAAGUAAAAGAUCGUCACAAUGGAAACAUUUUAUUACACAGCGAUGGACAUCUAAUACAUAUAGAUUUUGGAUUCAUAUUGUCCACUUCACCUAGGAAUUUGGGAUUUGAGACCAGUCCAUUUAAGUUGACUCCCGAAUUUGUUGAAGUGAUGGGUGGUAACCAAUCGAAAAUUUUUCAACAAUUUAAAACUCUCAUUCUCCAAGGUUUGAUCGCAGCACGAAAGCACAUGGAAAAGAUCGUUAAUCUUGUAGAGAUCAUGUUAUCAGGAUCUCAACUUCCUUGUUUCCGCAGUGGAGGAGCUGCCACGGUUCAAGGAUUGAAAAACAGAUUUCAUCUUACACUGACGGAAGAUCAACUACGUCGUCAUGUCGAAGAUUUGGUUGAAGGUAGCAUCCAUUCUUGGUCUACUAAACUCUAUGACCGGUAUCAGUACUUCGCAAACGGUACUCUUUAAUGCCGAAGUGAAGCUAUUCAUCCACGCCCAGUGUCAUAAUUUUGUGGCGUCGGAAGGUAUUUUUAUCAUGGACAAAGAAGAGGACAGUUGCAAAUAAUAUCAAUUUAAUAAUGUAGCAUUUCUUCCACACUUUUAAAUACACUUUUCAACAUUCCACGAGCACAAAGUACUUUUGAAUCUUUUCGAUGAUCAAGGAGAUAUAGUUCUAGUGCGAACAAAUUGCUCUUCGUAUUUUUCUGUUUUUUUUUCUGUAUUUUUUUUUUGUUUCUAUUUUUUUUCCUAUAAAAAAUUAUAAAUAAUCGAAAUCGACCCCAUUGACUUGAUUAAGUCAAUUACGUCUGAUCUUCGAAUUUACUUGUCGCUUUGGCAGCCCAAUGUGGUGGGCAUGGUAGAUAGAUCAUUUUAGAAGAAAUUCGAGGCAUUUGAAAGGAAAAGUUUUACGCGAACUAUGCUGCUUUAAAAGGUAUUGGAUUGUAAUAAACAAUAAGUACAGUUAAUAUAUUUAUUAUAAACGCUAUAAAACAUUAAAUGAUAAAGUAUUUGUUAUGACUAUGUUAAUUUAUGAUAAACAAAAAAACAUAUUAAGAAAAUUGAGAGAAGAUGACUAUACCCGUUUGAGAGGAUGCAAACUUUAAACGGGAGAUGAUUUUUGAUGUUUACAGUGCCCAGUUAGUUACAUAAUAUUUACAUAUGCAUAUCGUUUUUUGUUCAAUGUAUUAAUACAGCAGUUUAUGUAAGCCUCAAUUGACAAUUACGAGUUAUCUACUAUCGGUGCAGAUCUUGUAACAUUGUAUAAGUGUUGGACUGCUAGAUCGUUGUAGCCUAUAACAGCGUAAUUUGUUAAAGGUGCCUUAUUUAUAGAGAAUGGUGAUUACGAUCAAGUCUAAAAAUGCAGUGAAGUGAUUACAGGGCUGUCUGUCGAUGCUACCUUUAUAGUGAACUGGACAAUCUGUUAUUUGUAAAUAAACACUACGUGGACUUUUGUCAGAUUGCAAGAAAACAAUUCAACCGUUUUGGCAAUAAAUAAAUUGAUCCGGAACGGUAAGAAUGAUUAGAAAUGCGAUGGAAGAAUCGUAUGUGCCGUUUAAACGUAUAUGGGCUUCAUGUACAUAGCUCAGAUACUAACCGAAAA